AUGGGGUCCACGAAGGGCUUAUCAUUUUAUAAAUCUGAGAAAACCCUCCGGGCAGCAUUUGAAGGCUUUGGUGAGCUUGUUGAAGUUAAAAUAAUAAUGGACAAAAUUUCUAAAAGGUCCAAAGGUUAUGCAUUCAUAGAAUACACCACGGAGGAAGCUGCUAGUGCAGCACUCAGAGAGAUGAAUGGCAAGAUCAUUAAUGGCUGGAUGAUAGUUGUUGAUGUUGCCAAGACUAGCCCUCCAAGAUACAGCAGGAGUCAGAGCAGACCAGCAACCAGAUGAAAGAGAGAGAAGGUUAUAGAGAGAUUUGUCACUAAGAAUUGAAUUAUUUUGUGCCCAGCAUCC